AUGAAGCCCGUUGUUUCAGCGUUAAACGCCUGGUCCUGUUUGAAAUCUAGUGUCAUCAUUUCAGUUUUCGCUAUUGUCAUUCUCUCUGUCCUCGGAUCUCUAUUCAGCAGCAACAACCAUUCUUACACUGGAAGCGAAGGAGAGCCUGAAGAUGGCCCAGCAGUUGCGGCCUCCAUCUACGUUGCGGUACUAGUCUACGCUGGGCAAUAUCAAGAAACUCAAGCUAAUUCCGUCAUUUGUAAUCAGGGAUUCCUCGUUUUCUGCGGAUUCCAGGUCUUCCUCCAUAGGCGUGCCAGCCGUGGUGGUGCCAUAUCACUCAAUUAA